GGCUCUGGUCUUUUUCGGACAGUCACGCGCGUGGCUCAACGACGACGAUCGCGGCGCGGCUUUUGGCCGAACGGUUGAGCUUAAGGUUCUUUAAUUAUACUCGGUAUUUGGCGGAGAGCAGAUCGUUUUCCUACUUCGCUGCCGCUGCGAAGGCAUCUUCUAAACCCAAGUGACAAGCGUUCUACGUGUGUGUGUGUGUGUGUGUUGUGUGUUCUCUCCGGUGGUGCUAAGUGAUGCGCGAUCGCGGUGCUCGACGGCCAGUGUUGAUAGAUCGCAGCGCUGUUCUGUAACCUUGAGCAAUCUACUAGGUUCUACCUUUAGUAUCUAGUCACGGCGCGAUCCUCAACGGUUUCGCUACUUGAAUAGUGUGUGCGCUGAUUGAAGCAGCAACAGCAACGAAAAAAGUGAAUUCAUACACAUCUGUCUGCUGAAAGUGAAGUUAUACACGGAUGAAAUCGAAUUCCAGCUAACUAGAAGGUGUGAAUUGUUUGCACGGGGUGGUGAUCGUUACGGAAGUGUUGUGUCACAUGUGCUUUCGCGCUGGAUAAGCUCAGUCGAGGCUGGUUUAUCAACCUGGAAACGUCGUCAUCCCCGGGAAGCGAUCCGAUCCGGGCAUCCAUUGUGAACCACAACACUCUUUUUCUGUUUUAAUUUGAGGAAGCAAAAUCAAGAUCCAAAGAAUAUGGUAGGACAAAGAAUCGCAAACUCUUUACUCAAGAGAUCAGCAUUUUCGUCGGCCAUCAAUGUGCUACCAAACGAAGUGGCCGCGACACCAGCGGCCACGGCGACCCUCGCCGAUCCCCAGCAGCUGGCCGAGCUCGGUGGCCACGUGAGACCGUACACGGAGGUUCCGGGUCCGAAGGAACUGCCCCUCAUUGGCAACAGCUGGCGGUUCGCCCCGCUCAUCGGCCAGUACCGCAUCGAGGACCUCGACAAGGUGAUGUGCGAUCUGCACCGGCACUUUGGCAAGAUCGCCAAGGUGGGCGGACUGAUCGGCCACCCGGACCUGCUGUUUGUGUUCGACGCCGACCUCAUCCGGGACACGUUCAAAAAGGAGGAAGUCCAGCCGCACCGGCCGGCAAUGCCCUCGCUGCGCAACUACAAGUCCAAACUACGGAAGGACUUUUUCGGCGACAACAUGGGCCUGAUUGGAGUUCAUGGUGAAAAGUGGGACGCGUUCCGAGCUCAGGUUCAGCAGGUGAUGCUGCAGCCGACGACGGCAAAAAAGUACAUAGCACCUCUCGACGAAAUCUCCACCGAUUUUAUGGCCAGAAUACACGAAAUGCGGGACGAGAACAAUGAACUGCCGGGAGAUUUCCUCCACGAACUCUACAAGUGGGCACUCGAGUCUAUAGGACGUGUCGCGCUGGACACCCGACUGGGCUGUGUCUCCAAGGACGGUAACGAAGAGUCCAAACGGAUCAUCGACUCCAUCAACGCCUUCUUCUGGACCGUGGCCGAGGUCGAGCUGCGGAUGCCCAUCUGGCGGAUAUAUCAAACGAGCGCGUACAAGAAGUACAUUGGCGCGCUGGACACAUUCCGAGUGAGCGUUCUGAACCCUGUGUACAAGAACAAAAAUGUAAUGGUUCUUUUUUAUCCCCGUAGCUUGUGUAUGCGACACAUCAACAUUGCCAUGGAAAAGAUGAACAACAGCACGGAGGUCAAGAGCGAGGAGCACAUCUCGAUCGUUGAGCGGAUUCUGCAAAAGACAAACAACCCCAAAAUUGCGGCCGUCCUGGCGCUGGACCUGAUCAUGGUGGGGGUCGAUACGACAUCUGUUGCGGCCACCUCGACAAUCUACCAGCUGAGUCAGAACCCGGACAAGCAGGAAAUUUUAUUUAACGAAAUCAAACGCAGUCUGCCAACGCCGGAUACAAAGUUCACCAUUUCGAUGCUGGAAACGAUGCCAUAUCUGCGGGCGUGUAUCAAAGAGACACUCAGAAUGUACCCGGUGGUGAUUGGCAACGGGCGGAGCCUCCAGUCGGACGCGGUCAUCGGAGGAUAUCACAUUCCAAAGGGGACCCACGUCAUCUUCCCCCACCUGGUGGUGUCUAAUCUGGAGGAGUACUUCCCGGAGCCGGAUCGAUUCCUGCCCGAGCGGUGGCUGAAGCGAGGUGAGCUGAAGGAGCACGCUGGGUGUCCCCACGCCGGUCAAAAGAUCCAUCCGUACGUGAGCUUGCCGUUCGGUUACGGCCGGCGGACGUGCAUCGGACGACGAUUCGCCGAAUGCGAACUUCAGAUUCUGUUGUCCAAGCUUUUCCGACGGUAUCACGUCGAGUACAACUACGACAAGCUUACGUACAAGGUGAACCCCACGUACAUUCCGGACAAACCACUCAAGUUUAAACUAACCGAGCGGAACAAUUGACCGGGCGGCGGCACCACACGGAAGAGAAAAUUUGUAAUAGCUACCGUAGCAUGUAAGGGUCUUCUUCGCAUUCGGCACGGGUGUAAAGCUCGUGACGAAGGUUAAAGAAUAUUUAUGUAAAUAAAAUGUACGAAAUAAACGCGAUAAGGUUGAAUACAAAGAUAAAGCAAA